AUGAAGCUCGUCCCUCGUCGGAGUAAUGAGCGCGGUCAUGCUGACCACGGAUGGUUGAAGACUUUCCAUACCUUCAGCUUUGCCAACUACUACGAUGCCACCCAUGACCACUUUGGGUCCCUGCGAGUCAUCAACGAAGAUCGAGUCGAGCCCGGGACUGGGUUCGGAACGCACGCGCACCGCGAAUUCGAGAUCUUCUCGUACAUUGUCGCCGGAGAACUUGAGCAUCGCGACUCUAUGGGCAACGUCGAAGUCAUGAAACGCGGCGACCUCCAGAUGACCUCUGCUGGCACUGGCAUUCGUCACUCCGAACAUCAGCACGGAGGCAAGCAGGUCCACUUCCUCCAAAUCUGGGCUACGCCCGACACCAAGGGCCUCACCCCCAAGUACUUCACGCGUCACUUCACCGAUGAGGAGAAGAAGGAUCAGUGGGCACACAUCGUGGCACCCAUGGGCGGCGAUGGCGUCUUGGAGCAGCGCGAGGCAUCCGGACCAGCCCCUGUUCACGCCCCCCUCAGCCUCUUCGCGACCAUGCUCUCCCCCCAGGGAAAGCUCUCGUACGCAUUUCAAGCGCGCGGUGGGUCUCGCAAAGGCUACGUUCACGUUAUCCAAACCUCGGGCUACAACGCGGGCUCGGCCAGCGGGGCGCAUGUGCAUGUGCACGGCGCCGAGGGUGGCCCGGUCGAGCUCAAGGAGGGUGACGGAGCGUAUAUCAUGGCGGCAUCUGGUGAAGAGCUGGCAGUAGAGAAUGUGGGCGAUAGGGUCGCGGAGGUGCUGCUGUUUGACAUGGAGUAG